AUGCCCAAAGCUCGUUGGCAGUUGCCUGAAGAUGAGAAACAAAACUUUGACAUUUCUUCCGACGGCAAUAAGAUGCGUUGUCGAAUCUGCCAUGCAGAAGGAAAAGGUGCAGUUGGUAAAUGGAUUCAAGAGAAGACUGUGAAGACGCACCUUCGAACGCAGACCCACCAAGCUUGUGCUCGAAGCAAGAUGCAGCGCCCUGAGCAAGCAACGAUUGUGGCUGGCAGGAUUGACGCCGCAUACAUGGCAGCUGGUCUGGCUGAGUACCAGGCAGCAAGAACAUCCGCGCAUCACGGCCCCAAUGAGAUCUUGUUCCCUCUAGUAGAGCCAGAGCCAAACCACCAACCCAACGCCUUCAAAUACGCAGCGGAGUUGGCCCGCAUGAGUCAGCAGUGCCACGAGGACGAGGACGAGAUGCUGGCUGAGGUUGAAGAGGUCCCAGAGGAGGGCGAGACCAUCAGGGAUGCGUAUGAGCGGCUGCUUUUAGCUGCGUUGGUGAGAUGCCACUUGCUCGAUGAAGAGGAAGAAGGAGACGUGGCAAUUGAUCCGAUAACGUCAGACGAAGAUGACGGUGUUGAUGAGCUGGACGUUAAAGUCGAUGGAGACUUAUCUCCAUACCCGAAUCAAACGAUGUUGCUGCUUGAUUUAAUUGACAACCUGCCCCGGUGUCGGUUCACAAAUGCUCAGCUCUCUGUUGUGCUCCAUUUCGCACAUCGUCUUGGUGUUCCGAAUGUCCCCACUCUCAAAGCCUUUGAGCCAGAACGUGUGGAAUCAAUGCACGGAAACAUUUUCUAUGUCAACAACAUUCGCGACACAGUUGCUCGGGACUUGGCAAACCCAGCAAUCGCCUCAAAGCUUCACUUCUUUCCGGAAGACGUUGAGACCGGGACUCCGAUAUCUGAGAGCUGGCAACCCGACCGAUGGAAAGAGUUUUAUCCCUCUCAGUUAACUCCAAUGUUUUCCCGGGGAAAUAAACGGUUCUUUAUCAACGAGGUUGCACGCUGUGCCAACGGGACGUAUGUUAUUCCACUGACACUUGUGAUGCGACAAGGGGUCCUUUGGACCAAUGCCAGAGCAGUCGGGCAGAAUACAACUGGGGAUUGGGAUUUUCUCGACAAGUCGCUUAUCAAUUUUCCUGUUGGUGAGCUCGAAUGGGAUUAUUUGGAGCUGCUCACAAUAUUUGGAAACAGCACCGACAAAAAAAUGAGGUGGGCGCCUCAAGCACAGGCCGAGGUGCCUGACAUGCCCAACCCAUGGCGCGAUAAAGCCAAGACCGCCAAUGGAGAAGACUGUGAUAUUGCUAUCUUGAUGGUCGAGAUUUGGCAGGAUGACGCCUCGGGCAAUGUCUCCAAGCAGUAUGACCCACAUCUGAUCACAUGUGUUCGCAAUCUUGCCAUCCCCGGGCGACUUCUUCAGCAAGAUUUCCAUAUCCACCAUGUGUCGAGCUCCCAGCAUGCCUCUGCUGGGGAAGAGUUCGCUGCUGUCCGCGACACGAUCAACUCCACGGAAGCGGAUCCCAUCCAUUGUCUCAAUGUGCACACUCAAAAGCCCACUGCUAUCGUCUUAAGAGCACCAGGCCUCCCCGCAGACAAUCCUCAACAGUCGAUUGAAGCAAGUCAUAUUGGCUGCAAUGCCAAUUUUCCCUGUUGCAAGUGCAUUUGGGGUGGAACAACAAUCCAAAAGACUGCGCCGGAUGUCUAUCACGCAUGUCAUCUUCCCGAAUCUGUCCAACGGAAUGCCAAUCAGAUUCGCGAGCACUUGGGAACUCAGCUUAAACUGGCGUGUCAAGGGGAUGCAAAGUCAAUCAAAGAGCUUCAGACCGAAACUGGCACUAAGGACAAAGUAGCCCAAUACUGGAUUGACCAGGCCCUAGCCUGCUUCUCACAGAUUUGCGACCAAGCGCCAGAUCAGUCAGCUGAUGAGAUUUCCGCCGAAGUCUAG